GUAGAAGCUCUCACACGGUGAACGACAGAAAUCUGUCAGAUCAGCGGAGCCUUCGUUCCUCCUAAUACCUCCACAUCUUCCCCCUCUGCUCCUCUGCUCCUCCGCUCCUCUUCCUCAGAACUCAGCCCCGGCUCCCUUCACACUCCUCCUCGGACCUUUCGGCCUGUGCAGCGUCAGAAAACAGCGAAUGAUGACGAGCAGCUCGAAGCGGAAAGAAGACAGUCAUCUGCAGAAUGGGGGAGUAAAGCAGUCCGCAUGGAGCAAAGCCCUGAACAGUAACGCUGUUUGGGAAGAGAAGGACGAGUUUUUAGAUGUGAUUUACUGGCUCCGACAAAUAAUUGCAAUAAUCCUUGGUGUGAUAUGGGGAGUUGCACCCUUGAAAGGAUUUCUGGGAAUAGCCAUAUUCUGCGUCAUCAACGCCGGCGUCCUGUAUGUAUACUUCAGCAGCUUUCAGCAGAUCGAUGAGGAGGAGUACGGCGGCACGUGGGAACUCACCAAAGAAGGCUUCAUGACUUCUUUUGCUCUGUUUCUGGUGGUGUGGAUAAUCUUUUACACAGCUCUACAUUUUGACUGAGAGGAAUCCAUAGGACACUAAAAACGAACAUUUCUGUUGAAGCAAAUUAUGAACACACAGGAACUCCAUGAACUGAGGGGUUGUCACCGCUCCUACAUACAGUAUGACUUCUCAGUGCUCAGUGCAUCAUGGGAAUCCUUGUGUGACUAACAAGAUCCUGCAAGACCAUCAUGAUGAACAUGCCCACAUAUUGUACAUCUCUCUUAAUUUGAGUGUUCCUUUUUUUAAGGCAUUCUCCAGUACACUUGCCAUUUGUUAAAUUUCCUCCCUCACUUCAUUGACAUCAUCUGUGACAGACCAGUAACGAUACAGAAAGCACCUCAGCAGUACCAUAAAUGCUGGAAAAUAGGAGGAGGGUGAUUCAUCUUGGGUCACUUUACUACAGGGACCUUCCUCUGCUGUCGAAGAGUGACAUGAACACAAUUUGUUUUUUUAAGUGUGUGUAUUCAACCUGGUUGACUGCCCAUGAGCUGGUCCCUUAAAUCACAGAAACUGGACAGUAAACACAGUCUUGUCACAUAAUAAUCAUGAUCCAAUGAGUGUGACCGUUAAUGUAGGGACAAAAUGCACCAUAUCAGAUGUACUUAACUACCAGUAAUGGAUUAACUUUGUGGAUUCACUGCUGAAUUAAACUUUUUCUUUAUGGAAAUCUGGGCUAAACAAAACAAUUGAAUUACAAUUGGUAUGACAGUGAAGUAUCUUUUAUAGGUUACUGUUACCAGCUACGGUAUGUGACUGGUUACAAUGGUGGAGUCAUCUUUGGUUAUGAAAAUUUACAGGUGACUCUGUGCUACAUUUCUUUUGCUACAUUUCUUUUCGCUAAUUAUAUAUAAACAAAGAAUUUUAAAGUUAAAUCUGUCAUUUCUUCUCGAGGGUUUAGACUGUGAAAUAUUGUGACUGAAAUCACACUAAUUUUAACAUCAAGAGAAAUGGUUGUAAGAUGUUUAUAUCAGCUCUUCUCCGAUCCCUAAGUCAGUAUCUGCUACCAGUAUCAAAAAGCUCUAAUGUCUGUCAGGAACUAAUAAAGAUCUAAUUUAUCUUCACAUCCAAAUUACUUCUUAAAACAAAGAGGGGGGGAUCCUGCAUGUUGUGUUCAGAUGCAAAUGAUUCACAGUCUCAAGCUAAAACCUGGUCCGUGCACUGCCAUGAUUUACUGUUCAGAAACGUAGAUGUCAUUGAUUAAUGGCUUAGACCUAAGUUAGGAGGGUACAAAUAAUUUAAAUUGUUUUCUCACAUGUAGCUUCCAGAUCAAAGUCUUACCUGGAAUUAAUUUAAACUUGUCUGUAAAUCUUGUAUCCUGUCCCUUUCUGUCCAAUCCACCUUGUAAUGCAUUGAUUUAUUUGUACUUAUGUUAUAUCUCGUUUGAUGUAACAUAUUUCUCAGUAUUUUAUAGUGAAGGCCUAUUAAAACCAGUUCUGACAAAGUUAUUGUAAUGAUACUGUUAUAUUAGAUACACAACUGGUGUUUGAAAGGAUUGUAUUUUCUGAUCAAAUUUUUGGGAAUCAUUAAACAUGGGCUUUAUUUGGCCUUCAUUUUCAAAGAAAUGCUGUUCCUUUUUUUUUUACUAAAACGAAGAAAUUAAUUUGUUUUAAAUGUUUUGUAACAUUCAUUCAGGGAUUUGUUUUGUACCUCUGCAUUGAACUGUAUGCUGGCAUCGCUAAGGUACAGAUUUCCCUUUACUUAAAUGUAUUGUACUGCAGUUUCUUGUAUAUAUGGCUGCACUUAACGCCUAUUGUCUUUAUUAAUCUGAUUAUUUUCCCACAUUAA